AUGGUUGUUGCAAUAGCGCUGGUGCUGGUUGUUAUGGGUGGGGAUGGUGGCAGUGACGGUGGUGGUGGUGAAGGUAAAGAUGGUGUGGGUGCAUAUGGCGGUGCUAGUAAUGGUAUUAGGGGUGGUGAUCAAGGUGGAGGUAGGAAUGAUGUUGGUAGCGGUGGUGGUGGCGGUGGCGACAAUAGUAGUUGUGAUACUGGUGGUGAUGCUGGUUGUGGUGGUAGUGGUAGGGUCUUUAUUGGUGGUGGUGGUGGUUCCGGCGAUGGCAGUGGAGGAGUGGUACUGGUGACGGUGGAGGUAUGA